AUGACCAUUGUAAUAGGACCAUGGGGAAAUGGUGGAGCUGAUUGGGACGAUGGGAUCUACAAUGGGGUGAGAGAGAUCAAGAUUGCUUACUGUCUUUGCAUCGACUCCAUUACUGUGGUAUACGAUAGAAACGGUAAGCGUGUCAAAGCAGAAACGCAUGGUAACCGCGGAGACCAUGAAACUGCUGAGAUAAAGCUUCAGUACCCAGAUGAGUACUUAGUCGGUGCAAGUGGACACUAUUGUCCGAUGAUGUUUGGCAUCGGCCCGCGGUUAAUCCGGUCACUCAAAUUUCAGAGCAAUAGAAGAACAUUUGGACCAUAUGGAAUUGAAGAAGGCACACCCUUUACUUUUACAGUGGAUGGAGGCCAAAUUGUUGGAUUAAAGGGAAGGGAUGGAUGGUACCUAAAUGCCAUUGGGUUUCAUGUAUCCCCUCCCCCAACCGAAAAAUUCUCUCAGAGCAUUCAGAAGACCAUUGUAAUAGAACCAUGGGGAGGAAAUGGUGGAGCUGAUUGGGACGAUGGGAUCUACCAUGGGGUGAGAGAGAUCAAGAUUGCUUACUGUCUUUGCAUCGACUCCAUUACUGUGGUGUAUGAUAGAAACCGUAAGCCUGUCAAAGCAGAAACACAUGGUGGUCGCGGAGGCAAUCAAACAGAUGAGAUAAAGCUUCAGUACCCAGAUGAGUUCCUAGUCGGUGUAAGUGGACACUACUGUCCGAUGAUGUUUGGCAUCGGCCCGCGGUUAAUCCGGUCACUCAAAUUUCAGAGCAAUAGAAGAACAUUUGGACCGUAUGGAAUUGAAGAAGGCACACCCUUUACUUUCACAGUGGAUGGAGGCAAAAUUGUUGGAUUAAAGGGAAGAAGUGGAUGGUACCUAGAUGCCAUUGGGUUUCAUGUAUCCCCUCCCCCAACCAAAAAAUUGUUUCAGAGUAUUCAGAAGAGUUUUAGAAGGCUUGGUUGCUCGGUUUCAAAACCUUAGACUGCUCAAAGUUGAAAGCAUAUGACUUAGAGCUCAUGCCUGCCGCCAUACAAGUUCUUAAAAUCACCCAAAGCUCAAAAAUAUUGCACGUAUAAUAAGCUACCCCUUCUGCUUGUGAUUAUUUCUUUCUUUUGAAGGACACUAAAGCCAUCCAAAUAAUGUUUAGUGUUUUCUGUACCAUCAAUGAAAUAUCAUGUUUCAC